AUGGCUGUUAACGGUUGGAAAAAAGUUGAAAAUGACGAAGGAUAUCCUUGUUACGUGCAUGAAACAACGGGUAAAGAGCAGUUUGAUCACCCACACUUUGAGAAGAUUAUAAAAUCUCUCGAGGAAUACAAUGGAAUCAAGCACAGUUCGUAUCGUAUUGCCUUCAAGAUUUUCGCUUUACAAAGAGAACUUAGAGUGCCUCCUCUUCGCAUCGCGUCGGGAGUAUUCGCGCGACAUCAACUUAGCUUAUCGGAGACCAGUCUAUCACUGGACACAGUUGAGUUGGAGGCAGUAUUAACGGACAUAUACUUUGCAGCAGAGAAGGAAGGUUUAUUUUAUGGAGAUAUUGACUUGACCGUUGAUCUGUUGAUCAACUUGUUGCUUAACGUUUUUGAUAGAAAUAGAAAGGAACAAAUCAGAGUACUAGCUACUAAAACACUCUUGAUAAUACUAAGUGAGGAGUCUGUAUCAGACAAGUGGUCAGCUAUGGCCAACUGCUGCUCGGACCACAAUGGUUGUGUGUCACCAAGACGAUUGACCGCGCUGCUGGCUCAUGUUACAGCGCUGCCAACAUAUCUUGGAGGCCAGAUAGAGUCUAUACAGGCUGACGUUGAUGCUUGCUUUGAUAAGAACGCAGGCAUGCUAGGCAUAGGCGCGUCGGCUCUGGCUGAGUGGGGUGUCCAAAGCUGCGUAAGCGCGCGUUUCCUGAUCGUUGUACAGCGCGUUAUCUCCAGUAGAAACUGCAGCAACGUUAGUUCUAGCUGUGCCGCCUGCGCACAACCGCUAAUUCAGGUGCUUAAAUUCAAAUGCUCAAAAUGUGACGAAACUUAUUUCUGCGAGAAAUGUUACUUGUACGACAAACAGCCGACGACAGUGAGAGGCCACAAGAAAAGUCAUUUGGUGCAUGAAAUGGUCGACGGAGAGACACAACCCUCUCAAUGUCUAAGCUUAGUCAAGACAAUGAAACGUUUCUUUUUCUGCACGAAAACUAAGAAGAAAAUCGUGAAGAAUUCAAACAAAGUAUCUGACAAGGAAACUAUGAAGAAAAGAAAAGAAUGCCGUCCAGCUAUCUUCACGUCGACUGUGGGGAAAGCGUCGGGGCAUAACAGCAAUCUGCCUUCAAUACUUCAGGAUAUAAUUACACAAAUGGAGAGCCAGAAUAAGGCACUGAAGGAGCUAUCGGCUCAACUGGAUAACUUGAAAAACUGCGACGGUGUGUUGAAGCGAAAAGUAGACGCGCACUUUAAUCAAGUUUCGAUGCAAAUUAACAGACUUAAAAUUGUGAAGGAGAAUCUCGUUUCAACUCCAUCAGCAAUGUCCGAAGCAACAAAGCAAGAAAAAUGCGAUCGUCCGCAGGCAUUCGGGCUCUUCAGUCCUAUACCAAUCGAAGAGAAACAAUCUCAAGUCACCGACAAAGCCCAACCUAGGGUGUUAAGUCUGGAUUCUGGGAAUUUCUCUGUAACUUCUAAGCAUGACAACUUGCUUACGAUCUCUGGUGAUGCAUUGAAACCUGUUGUAGUGCAUGCCACUUCUGAUAGCAUAUCUACCGUGUCGAUGCGUGAUAUUAGCAGUUGGCAUAAUGAAACAGAUGCCUUAGCCCCCGAUAAACAUCCUUCUAAGUUGGAUUGUGCGUCGCAGUCAAUCUGUGCCACGGAACAAAAGUACGCGGCAGACAAUCGCUCCGUAGAGACGAGUAAUGACAAAAUGAAGGAGCUGAACGCUGACUUGGACACCGUGCUGGAUAGGUUGCAGCAGAUAUUGACUAAUAAUUUUGCUGUUGAUGACUCAUGCUUCGACAACACACAACUGCGCGAGACCGCGAACGAGAUGGAAGGCCUUCUCGGUACUCUUAUAAGGGGAGUCGAACAGAGAGCUACUUUAAAUGCGAUCAAAGGUUUAGUGUAAGUAGAAUAACACUUUAGGGUC